AAUACAUUCAAUAGGUUUUGUUUGAAAAGUCCCCCAAAAUGGCAGCGGCAGGAGGAGUUAAUAGGAAAAUAUCAGCCGCUUCAGCUCGAGCUCGCACUAGAAGAGCCAAGCAAAACGCUUCUUUCAAGCUUCCUUCAGGGAUUUUCACAAAGAUACUACUGGUCUUGUCUGCUGGAAUUCUGGCAUGGAUUUAUCAGGCUAUUCACCGCCUCCCCCUAAGACAUGCGGCUCUCCUGAUGGUCCACCUGUUUCCGCGUCGAGAAUAAAGCUGAAGGACGGAAGGCAUUUGGCCUACAAAGAGCACGGCGUUCCACGAGAUGCCGCAAAGUAUAUAAUUGUCUAUGUCCAUGGCUUUGAUUCUUGUAGGCAUGAUGCUGUUGUUGCCAAUACCUUGUCACCGGAAAUUGUUGAAUCUCUUGGGGUCUACAUUGUUUCUUUCGACAUGCCCGGUUAUGGAGAGAGUGACCCUAAUCCAAAACGAACCGUUCAGAGCUUGCUGAUCAAUUAGGAUUAGGAUCCAAGU